AUGUCGUCGUCCCUGGCGUCCUCCUCGUACCGCCGCAGGAUCCUCGACUCCAAAGCGGCGGCCUCCCACGCGCUCUACUCCUGCCGCCUCCCCUCCCGCUCCGGCUCCAGGCAGCCUGCACACACCAGGAUUGGCGACACCGCCAGAGCUCAUGGUGUUGAGAGUAGCAUCAUCAGUGUCCUAACUAUGCAUCACUGGGAGACCUUGAAUCACAUGGCGUACAAGUUUGGGAAGCUUGACAAGGUUCAUGGAAAGCUAGCCUUGAAGAUACUGGGCUCUAUUGUGCAACAAUCAGGUUUGGAGCGAAUCACUCAUGUUUACUGCCUGGCUGCUCAUAUCCUCAUCCAAGCUCAAAUGCAUUCGCAAGCAAUGUCAGUGUUGAAACAUCUUGCCAUGGCGGGCUUCUCUUGCUCUGCUAUAUUUAGCUCCCUUCUCCGAACUAUCUCGCGCUGUGAUUCCAAUCCCAUGGUUUUUGACCUUCUUAUCAAUGCAUAUCUGAAGGAAAGAAAAGUUGUUGAUGCAAGUAAGGCAAUUUUAUUGAUGGAUGACUGUGGAUUUAAGGCUUCAACUCACACCUGCAAUGCUGUCCUUAAUGCUCUUGUGGAAGUUGGGGAAUCAAAAAAUGUUUGGUUCUUCUUAAAAGAAAGUUUGGCCCGGAAGUUCCCGUUGGAUGUCACCACUUGUAAUAUUGUACUGAAUUAUUUUUGCCUUGAUGGUAACCUUAGAAAGGCUAAUCUUAUGCUACAAAAGAUGAAGAGUCGGUCCAUAUCAAACGUUGUUACUUAUAACACAAUACUUUACUGGUAUGUUAAGAAGGGAAGGUUCAAGGCUGCCAUGCGUGUCUUUAAAGAUAUGGAGAAGAAUGGUGUAGAGGCAGAUGUAUAUACUUAUAACAUCAUGAUUGAUAAGUUAUGUAAAAUGAAGAGGAGUGUGCGCUCUUACCUUUUGCUCAAAAGAAUGAGGGAAAAUAACUUAUCACCUGAUGAGUGUACAUAUAAUACUUUGAUCAAGGGAUUUUUUGAUGAAGGUAAGAUGAAACUUGCUAUCUAUAUAUUCAAUGAAAUGCUGAAACAGAGCUUGAAGCCAAGCCUAGCUACUUACACUACCUUGAUUGAUGGGUACUGCCGAAGUGGGGUAACUGGUGAAGCUUUAAGAGUUCUGUAUGAAAUGCAAGUUGCUGGUGUGAAACCAAGUGAACUAACUUAUAGUGCAAUGCUGAAUGGUUAUUGCAAAGCUUCCAUGCCGGGACAUGCGCUGAAUCUUAUUGAAGAUCUGAAAGCAAGAGGCACAACAAUCAACAGGACUAUGUAUACUAUCCUGAUUGAUGGUUUCUGUCAGCUAGGAGUGGUUUCUAAAGCCAAGCAAAUUUUAAAGAGUAUGCUUGUGGUUGGGAUCAAUCCAGAUGUUGUUACUUAUUCAGCACUGAUCAAUGGUAUGUGCAAGAUGGGUAAGUUGGAUGAAACAAAAGAGAUUUUGUCAAGGAUGCAAAAAACAGGAGUUUUGCCUAAUGAGGUUCUUUAUACAACUCUAGUUUGCUAUUGUUGCAAGUCUGGGUAUGUCGGAGAAGCACUAAAGUAUUUUGUGGAUAUAUAUCGGAGGGGCCUAGCUGCCAAUUCAUUCAUCCACAAUACAUUGUUAUGUGCGCUGUAUCGAGAAGGAAUGGUUACACAGGCUGAGCAAUUCAAACAAUACAUGUCUAGGAUGAAGAUAUCAUUUGAUGUUGCCUCUUUCAACUGUAUAAUAGACUCUUACUGCACCAGAGGCAAUAUGCAUGAGGCAUUCUCUGUGUAUGAUAAUAUGCAUAGAUAUGGCUGUUCUCCAAAUGUGGACACAUAUAAGAAUUUGCUUAGAGGGUUAUGCAAGGGAGGCCACUUGGUACAAGCAAAGGAGCUCAUGGCCUGCCUUGCUGACAUACCUUCUGCCAUUGAUCAGGAAACCUUCAAUGCAUUACUUCUGGGGAUUUGCAAACACGGAACUCUAGAUGAAGCUCUGGAUUUAUGUGAGAAAAUGGUUACAAGUAAUUUUCUACCUGACAUCCAUACUUACACUGUUCUUCUUAGUGGUUUUUGCAGAAAAGGCAAAAUUGUUCCUGCAGUCAUCCUGUUGCAGAUGAUGUUGGAGAAAGGGUUUGUCCCUGAUAUUGUUACAUAUACCUGUUUGUUGAAUGGCUUGAUGAAGGAAGGCCAAGUUAAGGUUGCUUCUUACCUGUUCCAGGAGAUCAUAUGCAAGGAAGGUAUGUAUGCAGAUUGUAUUGCCUACAACUCAAUGAUGAAUGGGUACCUAAAAGCAGGAAUGAUACAUAAAGUAGAUAUGACGAUUCAGGAUAUGCAUCAUAAUGAGGUUUAUCCUAACCCAGCCAGCUAUAACAUUCUUAUGCAUGGGCACAUCAAGAAGGGACAUUUGUCAAGAUCUGUUUAUCUAUACAAAGAUAUGGUGAGGAAAGGGAUUAGGCCAAACAAUGUGACAUAUCGUUUGCUUAUCCAUGGAUUUUCAAAACAUGGUAUGACUGAAAUUGCGAUUAAGUUCUUGGACAAGAUGGUCUUAGAACGCAUUUAUCCGGAUAGAUUAACGUUUGAUGUACUCAUAACUGUAUGUAGUGAGAAAUCUAGGAUGUCCAAUGCUCUACAGCUCUUCAACUGCAUGAAGCGGUUAUAUAUGUCACCUAGCAGUAAAGCAUACAGUGCCAUGAUAAAUGGAUUAAUCAGGAAAAAUUGGCUGCAGCAGAGUUGUGAUGUUUUACGUGACAUGGUUGAGAGUGGACUUGAACCGAACCAUAUACACUAUAUUGCAUUAAUCAAUGCAAAAUGCAGGCUUGGGGACAUCAAUGGAGCAUUCAGGCUGAAAGAGGAAAUGUCAGCUCUUGGUGUUGUGCCAGCUGAAGUUGCUGAAAGCUCAAUUGUUAGAGGUCUUAGUAAAUGUGGAAAGGUAGAAGAGGGCAUCAUAGUUUUCUGUAGCAUAAUACGGGCUGGAAUGGUGCCAACCGUUGCUACUUUCACUACCCUAAUGCAUGGUCUCUGUAAAGAAGGCAAGAUUGCAGAUGCUCUGCAUCUCAAAGGGUCAAUGGAGUUGUAUGGAUUGAAGAUUGACGUAGUCACUUAUAAUGUUCUAAUCACAGGUUUAUGCAACAACCAGUGCAUUUCUGAUGCGUUAGAUCUUUAUGAAGAGAUGAAAUCUAAGCAACUUCGGCCGAACAUUACAACAUACGCCACAAUGAUUGGGGCUAUCUAUGCAACAGGCAGAAUGCUGGAAGGAGAGAAACUACUGAAUGAUAUAGAGGAUAGGGGCUUUGUUCCCUCAUAUAAGGAUCAAAUUCUUGAAUGGAGGAUGGAGAAUGCAAUGAGAAGGUUAAACGUGAUAAGAAAUUGCAAAAAGGAAAUAACUUCUAAGAAUGAGGUCGAGCUAUUACAUGCAGAUCAUGUAUCCAUGCAUAAAGCUGCUGAAGACUGA